AUGGAGGGCGGCGGGCCGGGUCGUGGGGGACUCUUGCAUCAGAUUCUCAGCCUCCGCCUGGUGCCUCGCGUCGGCAACGGCACCACCACUUAUUCCAGCCCGCUCUCCACCUUCCCAGAGAUGUGGUACGGUGUAUUCCUGUGGGCACUCGUCUUCUCCCUCUCCUUCCACAUCCCGGCAGCUUUGCUAGCGCUCUUCACGCUCCGGCACCACAAGUACGGCAGGUUCAUGUCCGUGAGCCUCCUGCUGAUGGGCAUCGUGGGACCCGUUACCGCCGGCAUCCUCACAAGUGCUGCCAUUGCUGGAGUUUACAGAGCUGCGGGGAAAAAAAUGAUUCCCUUUGAAGCCCUCAUUUUGGGAGUGGGCCAGACAUUCUGCGUGGUGGUGGUUUCGUUUCUACGCAUUUUAGCCACUCUCUAGCUUUUCUUCAGAUGCUAGGGAUCACAAAUCAAAGGAAGAGCAAAGGAUCUGCUGCCUGUGCCACCUCUGAAACAGAUCAGAGGGAGCACAAUGGGAGGUGUGCCUGGGUGUGUGCUUUCUCUGCUGGAUAAAGGAUACCCGAGGGCCUGCUCCUGCCUCCAGUGUGGCAUGAAAUUAAGCUAAAAAUUGUGAAUUUUGUUACUUUUUGGUAACAUUAAGUGCCAAGUGAAACUUUAUUUCCCUGGAGGAUAGGAAACUAAAUAGUUUCUGGAGGAGGAGGCCCAUCUACCUUUUACCAUUGAUGAAUUGUAGCA